ACACACUCGGCCACAAUCUUAUUUGGAGUUGUGAACAUUAGAAGCUUGUAGACGAAGACGCUGUCUUCCGAAGGACCAUGGCUGGCCAAAUUGAGGACGACCUCCAAUGUCCGAGCUGUUUCGAAAUCUUUAAAGAUCCUGUCAUACUUCAGUGUAGUCACAGCUUCUGUCGUGCGUGCGUGCAGCGGUGGUGGGAGGAGAAAGGAGAUCGAUCGUGUCCAAUCUGUAGGAGAAAGUGUAAUUCGAUGGAGCCACCUUUGAACUUGGCACUGAGGAACGUGUGUGAGGCCUUUUCACGAGCUUCAGUCGACUCAGAGGACAUCUGCAAGUUGCACAGGGAGAAAGUGAAACUCUUCUGUUUGGACCACCAGGAGUCUGUGUGCAUUAUAUGCAGAGAUGCAAACCUCCACGCCGGCCACCAGUUCUCUCCCCUCGACGAAGUUGUGCAAGAUUGCAGAGAAAAACUCCAGGAAGGCCUGCAGAGAGUGAAGAAAAAACUGGGAGACUUUAUUAACAUCAGAGACAACUGGAAUGAACAAGCCGAGUACAUCAAAGUCCAGAGGGACAAUGUUGAACGCAAGAUUAAGAAGGAUUUCCAGGAGCUUCGUCGCUUUCUGCAGGUUGAGGAGGAAGCCAAGUUGUCUGCUGUGAGGGAGGAAGAGCAGAUGAAGAGUCAGAUGAUGAAGAAGAAGACUGAGGCUCUCAACAGAGACAUGGCCGCUCUGUCAGACGUGAUCAGAACCGCAGAAGAGCAGCUCACAUCUGACCACGUUUCCUUCAUGAACAGCUACAAAGUUGCAAUGACCAGAAUCCAACAGCUGCCCGAUAAACCCGAGAAACUCAGAGCAGCGCUGCUGGAUGAAGUCAAGCAUGUGGGCAACCUCAAGUUCACCGUGUGGGAACGAAUGAAGGAAGUGGUCUCCUUCAGUCCCGUCAUUCUGGACCCAAACACGGCCGGUGCGGCACUCAGUCUGUCUGAAGAUAUGACCAGUGUGAGUUUUAAAGCAACACAGCAGCGUCCAAACAAUCCAGAGAGGUUGAAGUGCUUAAACGAAGUUCUCGGUUGUGGUUUGGGUUCAGGAACACACGUUUGGGAUGUUGAAGUGGGCGACAACACAGACUGGGAACUGGGGGUGGGAUGGUGGGACACUUGCUUGCCACACACGUUGUUCAAAUGGAUCAUUCGAUUCCGUAACGGUGAAUACAAAAUACUUAGCCGACCACUUGGAUCUGGGAAUCUGCAGAGGAUCCGCGUUCAUGUGGACACUAACAAAAAAUCAGUGUCAUUCUCUGAAUCGCUGACAAAAACUGAAUUACACACGCAGAGUAACAUUUACAAUUGGCCGAAUUUUUCAGGUACCAUGAAAAUGUGUCCUUAUUUUUCCACCAGCAAUAAAACUCCUCUGAAAAUUACCCCACUUACACUUUGUGUUACAACUUGGAGUGAGUGAUGUUGAAGACAUUUUGCUCUCAGAGUUUUAUAUUAUAAAUUAUACAUUAGAAGUUAAUUGAAAGCUUAUGAUAUUUUGUAUUUGAGUUUUUUUUUUCUACCACAUUUUACCUGUUCAAUAAAGUAUACGGGUUACGGAUAUAGACCAGGUCAAAAAAAAAAAUCUAUCUGCGCAAAGUAUGUAAUCUUGUGUUUUUACUGGACUCUGCAGAGUUGUUGUCUUCUUAACGAGUGCUUCAUACGCAAAUGUUUGUGAUUGAAACAACAGAUCAUGGUUGUUUGUCUAACAGCUGGAAAAUUUUGCUAUGUGUGCAAAAGUCGCCGCUUUGGUCGCCGCUCGGUUGCAGGACCUUUCCCAUCAAAAUAAUGAUUGUGUGCUUGUAUCUGUA